AUGACCAUCGGCGUGGAGUUUGGUCACCGAUAUGUGGAAAUAGAUGGCCAGACGAUCAAGCUGCAGAUCUGGGACACCGCCGGCCAAGAAGCCUUUAGGUCCAUCACGAGGGCAUACUACCGCGGCGCCACAGGUGCCCUUUUGGUCUACGACAUCACGCGCCGGGCGUCCUUCGACCGCCUGGCGGAAUGGCUCGUGGACGCGCGGCAAAAUGCGCAGCCGAACAUGGUCAUCAUGCUGAUCGGUAACAAGUCCGAUCUUGAACGCCGUGAGGCGUGCUUUCAAUGUGACCUCGUUCAUGUAGACGGCAAGGUUGUCAAAGCAAGGCUUUGA